AGACGCUUGGAUGCACGAAGUACGAUCUUGGAGGCGGGCACUGCAUUGCCCACGGUGGAGGACGGAAGUGCGUGGUUGAAGGCUGCGACAAAAUCCGCCAAGUGAACAAGCGCUGCCGUGGUCACGGCGGCAAGGUCAUGUGCAGUAUUCCGAACUGCGACCGCGCGGCGCAGAACCGGAAACUCUGCAAAGCUCACGGCGGUGGCAAGCAGUGCCAACACGAAGGCUGCACCAACAAGCAAAAAGGCAAGGGACUGUGCAUUCGCCACGGCGGUGGGACGAAGUGCAAGGAGGAUGGUUGCAGCGCGAUCGAGCGGGGCGGAGGCUACUGCAAGGGCCACGGCGGCGGCAAGAAGUGCUCGUACGCGUAUUGCAAGAAGUGGGUCCUCGGCGGCGGCUUCUGCGACGACCACCUGGACAUGGAGCUGUCCCACCAGCCCGAAGAGAUGCCGCGCAUGGCGGCCAAUUCAUAUUUAACCAGCGAGUCCGUCGCGACAAUCUAAGCUCAAACCCGAACGAAACACCUGAUCGUAGUCACAACGUAGCCACAGUACACGUACGAGUUAGUCAUGCCAAGCCUCAACACUUUCAAUAAUGUGUAGCCAUGUGUCCAAAACUCAAAUUUUAGCUCUUUUUGGCUCUUUUUUCAGUGCACGACCAGCGCCACGUACCGCGACAUUCGCCAACGUCGCGAUGCUCGUCCGCAGCUUGUUGCUAGCGCUGAGCUUGGGGCUCCUGGGCCCCAUCGCCGCCGAUGACUACCCGCCGUCUCCUCCCAUCAACUACAGGACGUACGCCGAGAUGGCCGCGUACCUCAUGCAGCUCAACGCCUCGUUCCCAGACGUCGUGCAGGUGUCCAUCGCCCAGGAAACAUACGACUUGCCGUACCCCGAGGAGCUGCAGUGCGUCGUGGACGACGGCACGAAGGCCACGGAGCCGUGCAAGCAGUUCGUGGUGCACCUGACCAACCACUCGACGCUGGCGAACGACCCGCAGCGACCGGAAGUCUUCAUCAGUGGAGCGCUGCACGGCAACGAACGCGUCGGCCCCAAUGCGGCCAUCGAACUCGUGGCACUGUUCGCACAUGCGACGUCUAAAUACGCAGAGGACGACAACUUGAAGCCCACGGUGGACACACAGCGCUGGCUGAGAGAAUUGGUGAACACGAGGAACGUGCUGGUGACGCCCAUGACGAAUGCGUACGGCUACUCGCACAACCACCGGGAGGAGCUGACGGUGGACCCGAACCGAGACUACAACUACAUGAGAUCAGGCGCCGAGUGCAUGCAGACCAUGACGUCCCGCGUUGUGAACGAGAUCUGGAGAGAUCAUAUCUUCCAGUUGGCUGUAACUUUCCACGGCGGGACGCGAGCGGUGGCGUACGAGUGGGGAUCCCCCGAUCAUUAUCUGGAUGGAGACGAGAAGAAGCCAAGUGAGAAGUCUCCGGAUCACAUGGCUCAGUUCCAGAUUAGCCACACGCUGUCCAAUUUUGCUGGCAUCUUCCCUGAUGGGAAGCUUUAUCCGACGGGGACUAUGAACGACGUUGUGUAUGGCGUCACUGGUGGGAUGGAGGACUGGGGCUACUCGGCAUCGUGGGAAAACCACUUUUACAAGGCGAACUCGCAGCCGUUCCGACCGUGUAAUCCUACUACGUUUGGUGGAUACCCGGAAGAGAAGACUGUUUACAACAACAUCACCCACCGCGCUUUCAACAUGCUCGUGGAGACGUCUAACUUCAAGGAGCCGAGACCUGGUGACCUGGGAAACUUCCAAGAGCUAUACAAAGCCAACGUCGACUUCUACAGGACGGACAGUGUCAAGAAAGAGUUCGUGGGUCAUGUACCGCGAAAUGUUCGUCUGGCACUCAUGAUGAUCGAGAUGGUCCAGCCUCUGGUGCGUUGGGUGGAUGCAGCAGAGGCAUCGAGUCCCCAAAACCAAGGCAUGCUGAGCACCUUCCCGGCAGCAACUUUGUAUAUGACGAGCUCCGAAGUGGGCCAAGUCACUGAGAUGGGCUGUGGUGCUCUGGCGUGGGAGCGCAACGAGGUCGCAACGUGCAAUGUCUCGGACUGCGCUGUUACCGGCGCGGCGCACUCCAAACUGCAAGUUGCAUGGGAAGUACUUGGCGCACUCACCAUUGACAGCACACAUGUUCAAGUGUCGUCCAGCCCGAAGUUCGAAGCUGAAAGCAUUUUGGUGGAGACCGCAAUCCAAAAGGGCACCACUCGCCGGUUCUACGAGUUUGCGUCGGAUUCGUCUGAAGCUACGGCUGCCAACGUCGAUACGAUGGGGACGUCGCUGUUUGUAACGUGUCUCAGCCUUCAAAAUGCCACCUCAGACAAGCUGUACGUUCGAGCUGUGGCAACUGUAGACCAGGUAAGCUACCCCAUGAUUCUCUUCUCAACGAGCCGCUUGCUAACGUAAAAUGCUUGUAUCAUAGGACUGGAAAGAGCAAGGUACUGGGGGUGAUUCUCCGUCACCGCAAGUUCCGCCACAGUCGCAUCUGGUGAAUGCUCGAACGAACCCCGAUUGGAACUUCGAGUGGAAUGGUCACCGAGUGAAGGGUACUCUUGAUUGGACGUCACCGGUGCGUAAAAUACGCUGGCAAAACUUGCUUCUGAAUAUGAAGUGCUGACAUAUAUUGCAACCACAGAUUAUCACCGUCGAUGUCGCGAACAAGCUGGCAGCUAGCCCCACCAAAUCGCAAGAAUCGGCAGCAUCUGCGCAGAAUGCGCCAAGUCAGGACGAUAGCGAGGAUAGCGUUGACGGCGCAGAUCCACCGACAAUCGGUGAAGAGCGUGCAAAGGAUGCUUCUGCAUCAGACGAAGACGAAAGUGAUGAUGAAAGUGACGACUCCAGCGACGACGACUCUAACACUGACACGACCUCGGCCUCCAAGCCUUCCACAACGAAGGCUACGGAUAAUGAUGAUUCCGAGUCCGAGUCCGACGACAGGGAGAGCGAAGACAUUGAAGAUGACAAGGAGACUACGCUGGACGACGAGAUGAAGGCCUCCUCUGAUGACCAGAGCACCACACCCCAGCCUUCUUCCAAUGUUACGACUCAAGAUGCCACCGCUCUGGCAGCGAAUGGAUCGGGCUUGGACGACAGCACUCCUUCCUCGCUGCUUCAGUUCGGGUACCUCAUCAUGAGCUCCUGCGCGAUGAUCAUCGUGCUCACUCUGGCGUAUCUCUACCGUCGCGUGUUCCGGCGUGCUCGGCAGCCGUACAUGAACAUCAGCAGCCUCGAGCAGCCAACGCGCGUCACAAUCAACAACUUCGACGACGAGGACUACGACGUGGAUGACAACGAAAGCGACGACGAAGACGUCAGCCAAGGCCCGCGCAUCCCUCGCCACGCCCAGUCGUCCAGAAGCGUCAUGUAGAUGCCAUCCCAAAAACUGCAACUCGCAUCGCGUCACACGUCACAGAUUUCGUUAAUCUCAACUUUAUGUUCUCUACACAAAUCAAUUCUCCACUCGAAAGACCACUUGGGCCGGAUAAGCAUGGAGAACUUGCCUCAAUGCAUGGUCACCGUGCGUUUCCACCAGGUACUGUCCACUGUUGCAACCACUAUGUGCACCUACACAUGCAUCUCUUCUGCCUCCUCCCAAAUUUCCAGACACCAACUCUAUCUAGGAGCGUCAAAACGACAAUAUUCCCGCACUUGCUAACGUUAUUAAUACGUUCUCCUGUUCAAACCAAGGCGCUGCAUGACGGACUAUUCAAGGAGGAAGAUGUGAUUGCAUUGGAGACUAACCGGCGUCUCAGUGGCAAGUACCGCGGCCUGCGUGCCUGUGAGGGACGGUUCGACGCCAUGCUUGAGAGGGGUAAGGCUGAAGAAGAAGGUGCUGACCCAGCCACGUUACCAGCCUCGGAGGUGCUUUAUGCCGAGUACAUCACCUGUGCCAGCGGCGCGCUGUGCGAGAAGUCGAUGCUGAGGUGGACGAGCUGUCUCGAGUCAGUGCAGGCUGAGAAGAAGAGUUACCGAGAGUGUGACCACGUCAAGAAGCUGCUGGAGCGCUGUAUGCGCAGCACGACCGAGGACCUCCUGAAGGCCGCACAGCCCAAGGUCUUCCGACCGAGCGCCGCUCCGUAGACGCCAAGACUGGAGCCUCAUACUUCAGAAGAACACACACACAUGUUCGCUUU